GGGAAAGGGUUGGCCAACGCCUCCCUCAAAUAAGCCAACGCCUUCUCCCUUCGCCUUCCUCUCGACGCUCGACCCGAAAAAAAAAUAUAUUCUCCGCGGGGGGAAGGGGAAAGGUCGCGUGGCGUCUCGCCCACAGUCCAUCGGUAGCAAUGGCACAAGAGAGCUGGAAACAAGAGUCCGAGGAGACUGGAGUCCACGCGCCUGAGGCCCCUAUUCUCUGCAUAAACAACUGUGGUUUCUUUGGCAGCAGCAUGACGAACAAUAUGUGCUCGAAGUGCUACAGGGACUUCAUCAAGUUGAUGGAAGCCCCAUUGGUGGAGAAGAAGGUGAUCACAUCAGCAUCUUCUUCCGCAGCACCACUGGAGACAAAGCGAGAUGAUGCGCCUGCCGCUCCUGCCACUGAAGCUGCGGCUGAGAAGCAUGCAGAGCAAGAGCCCCCAAAGCCGCCCAGCAACCGAUGCCUGACCUGCCGCAAGAAGGUCGGGCUGACCGGCUUCCUCUGCCGCUGCGGAGGCACCUUCUGCUCCACGCACCGCUACACCGACUCCCACCAGUGCACCUUUGACUACAAGAAGGUGGCCCGGGAGCAGAUAGCCAAGCAGAAUCCAGUUGUGAUGGCCGAGAAGAUCAACAAGAUCUGAUGCAUGGUCGUGAAGGGAUCGCUGAGUUCAUGCCUGGGUUCCCGAGUCCUCAAGUUCACUACAAUGGAUAGGUUCCUUCGGGUGGUGGUCUGGGUUAGCGUGGUAGUAGGGGGUCUCAAUUGUGUCUAUCCUUCUCCUUUAUCAUGGUUUCAUUCUCUGCUGGAAAGAUGCAGUGGUUUUGCGUCGUCACUUCCUCUGGAAGUAGUUUAAGUCGAGAAGAUAAGAUUGCACAUCAGGUAUUGCUUAUUCUGGUCCUGGAGGGCCAAGUGAUGUAUCGACAUAUCAUUGGUUUUGUAUCGUUGUAUGUUAUCACUUGUGCUGGAAGUCGCAGCAAGUAUGAAGCUUAUCUGAUCCUGCUACCAUCAUGUUUAUGUGAUCAGAUGAAGUUAUAGAUAAGCAUAUACAUAUCAAAUCUGUUUA